AUGGGAGGAGUGUGGAUGUUUGGGGUGUGGGUGGUCGGGGAGGGGGAUGGAAGGAGCGUGGGUGUUCGGGGUGGGGGAAUGGAUCAUGGAAGGAGUGUGGGUGUUCAGGGUGGGGGAUGGAAGGAGUGUUGGUGUUUGGGGUGGGGGAUGGAAGGAGCGUGGGUGUUCAGGGUGGGGGAUGGAAGGAGCAUGGGUGUUCGGGGUGAGGGAUGGAAGGAGUGUGGGUGUUCGGGGUGGGGGAUGGGAGAAGUGUGGGUGUUCGGGGUGAAGGAUGGAAGGAGUGUGGGUGUUCGGGGUGGGGGAUGGGAGGAGUGUGGGGGAAUGGAUCAUGGAAGGAGUGUGGGUGUUCAGAGUGGGGGAUGGAAGGAGUGUGGGUGUUCAGGGUUGGGGAUGGAAGGUGUGUGGGUGUUCAGGGUGAGGGAUGGAAGGAGAGUGGGUGUUCGGGGUGGGGGAUGGGAGGAGUGGGGAUUGAGGGGAAUGAGGUACAAGAAGAAACUACAAAGCCGGGAUGUAGAAAGUCUGAUAAUGAGAACUGUGCUCAACUGGUUUACAGAUUGUCAUCCUGUCUUGUCACUACUGAAGCCACAGCCAUGCAAGUGA